CACCCCUUGUCAAAACAUUCAAAACAUACAAACAAAUUACCUCCAUAUAAAAUGUUCUUGUUGCUAUCACUUUCUUUUUGACUUGGGUGUGUAACAAUCUUAUAAAUUGCCCUCUAUCUAAACUACCCAUCAAACACUUUUUUUUCUUCCUUCUCUCCAUCAGCUCUGAGAUUUCAUAUAUAAAUACCUCCAUUGAUUUUCUUUGCUUUGAAGCAGAGCAGCAGUUUCAUCAAUGGCAGCAGCCUCUCAUUUCCUUCGUUUGCUUGUCAUAUUCUUGGGACUUUAUAACCUUCUUUGUUCCAAUGCUGUCCCAACUUCAAGAAGUGUCAGCCUCUUGCAUGGAUCUCUUCCAUUUCUUCAUGUUUCAACCGACACCCACAUGGUGACUAAAACAGAGGAAGAAGAGAGCCAUGGAAGAAUGGUUGUGGCACUAAAUGACUAUCCAGGGUCAGGAGCCAACAAUCGUCAUACACCAAGGCCACAAUUUAGGGGCUGCGCUGAUUGUUGAUUAGAUUUUACAUUACAUAUUUUAGGGAUUGGUUGGGCUUUAUAUUUUAUAUGAUAUUAUUGGUUUGAAUUAUCUUUAUAUCCAUCUAUAAUCAUAUUAUAUGUAUUACAUGGGAAUAUGAAAGCAGGGUUUGAGCUUCUUCAUCACUCAAUUAAGCUGUUGAAAAGCUGAGAAAAGAGAUGGGUAGAAAAAUUCAUAAGAUUAGGUCAAAAAUGAGUACAAAAGAUAUGUGUACUUUUGCAAAACAAAGAGACCUUGUUUGGCUUCUUUGUUUAGUAAUAUAUAACUUUCAGGGCUGAAAUUAAAGCCUUUGAAACUGUUAGCAUUUUA